AUGGAAGUGACCAAUAGAGGAACGCAACUUGUCACUCUGACUUGUGACUUUCCAGUUAAGUGGAUAAAAAAAUUCGAAAACAGCCUAUCCGCUCGUUGCACGAAGCAUUCGACACUCUACACUACGUGUCACUCAAUGAGCAGUGCUGUCAACCGUUUAAGGGAUCGGAAUAAACAAGAAUUUUAUAGAUUUCAACCAACGUCUCAAGACAAUAUUAUCCAAGGUAACUACAUUCUUUUUUUCUUUGUUACAAGAUAAUCUCAUAGAUUUAAGAGGGAAUUCCCCUGCCCCUUAUUCCGGUGAGUGCAUGUAUUCGUACAACAAAAUAAUGUAAUAUCGGUUACCGACUAUAAUACUGUAAUCGUUAUGUUAAAUAAUAACCGUACAUUAUCUCUGAAAAUCACAAUGUGGAUGACUUGAGUUAAAUUUUAAAGAAAAAAUAUUCAGCGUAAAUGCUGAAACUAAGUGAAGCGUCUCAGUGGAAUGUAAUAAAAAUAGACGUAAAAAUAUAUAUUUUUAAAAUUCGUUACACGUGAAAGAAGAUAACCGAAAAAAAUAUUCUCGCCCAAGAGAUCGCUCACAGUUAAGGCUAUGUAUGAGCGAAUCGAAGUUUACCACCAAACAAAAAGUAAGUCGAAGAAAACUGUCCCCUUCAUGACAUUCCUAUUUUUAAACAGGUCGUAUAAUGAAGACUCUGUUAUUUGCGUCACUUUUGAUGUUUUGCGGUUCUGCACAUGGGACAGUUUUCGGCAGUGGACCCGUCCGUAAGUUUUACUGUUUUUCUUACGUUUCAUCAACGGGAAAUAUUUGCCCGUUCCUACACCAAACCUUUGUUGUCAAAUGAGAGCGAAUUUCGUUGGGUUUGGUCAAGUGACAAGAGUAUAAGGUAAAGAAACCAGAUUUUUCACCUAGAUGGAAGCCUCUUUUCUCAGCAGUAAAGUCUUGUAAACCUGAUUAAAAGUAAAAAUAGGCAACUGCAGGCUUCAAAUGAUUGAACUUGGCAGGCUAAAUGUUCUCUCUUCUAAACUAUUCCCCCAUUCAUAGGCCCUUAUCUCCUAAUUCCAGGUGAUUCAUUCUUUUCACUUAACAGUCUACAAAGUCAAGAUUAAAACAGAUUCCGAGCUUGGCGCUGGCACGGAUGCAAAUGUUGAUUUCUUAAUAACUGGUCUUUUGGUUCGUAAUGGUGCACAUCACGUUUCAACAACUGCUGUUAAGCUGGACAACCCUGAUCAUGAUGACUUUGAGAGGGGAAAGUAAGCAUUUACUUAUCUUGAGUUAGUAUGAAAUUUAGGAAACCAUAAAUGUUUGAAAAUUUUUAUGACGAUUAGGAAGUUUAGACUUUCUUCCAAUAGCAAAACGCAACUUCAGAUGUCUAAAACUCGAAAAAAAUUCUUAAUACACGCUUUGAACGAUGUUUGUGGGUUGGGGGAGGGGCUGGGCAUUUGUGAUGUCAAGAGAGAAUGAUCUAAGAGAGAGAAUCCCCCCAUACAUGACCCUCUUCCCAUGAAAAUUAUUUUCAAUCUAUUCUUGGCUCUGUGUCAUACUGCGUGGUUAUUUUAAGGACGCCAUCUUAUUGGUCGGUUAGAGUGGCGUCAUGUAAUUUUAAACUUGGCGGGCAGUUCAUUUCAUUGCCGAUCACGCACAGCAAGCGAAAUGACGUGCAAACUUGAUAUUACUUACGUCCACGAGUCAAAAGAUUUAUAUGGGGAAUAAUCUGGCCAGAGUAGCUGACAAAGAAGAAAACGGUCCUGGCUUGAGGGAGUUCGCCGAAGAAAGCGGAUCCGAUUCGGCGAAAACUGAACGUUAAUUCCUAGUUUAAAAAAAUGGCUAAAACAUGCUUACCUCCAUCGCUCCAUCGAUGUUAAGUUCAUCUUCGAUAUUGCACGUUUACGGUUGUUCAGCUCCGCAAAUAUUCUUCAAAUAGCAGACGUCACACUUUGAGUUGCUUCUUGCUGUUCUUGCUAUGUUUUUAUAAUAAGCUAUUUUAUUGCCUAGUUCUAACUCUUGAAACGAGUGAAAUGUCCGCCAUUUUCAAGUUCACAACCAAAACAACUCAACCUUGUCCCCAGGUCUUCUCUGUUAACGGUGCAUUAACCUGCAAGAACGCUGCAUUUUUGGCGUCAUUUCCUCGCUAAACACAAAAUUCUUCCAAAUUUGGUCAUCAGUAACUGGUUAUGGUGAAUUAAACGUGUGCUUUUAGCCAAUCAGAGUCGGGGGAAUAUUUUGAAUGAAUAAUAAAUAAAAGAUGUUGCACUGUGGAGCGAAGGUAUCAAUUUUAUUUUCGAGUGCAAAACAAUAUUUUACGAACGAGCGCAGCGAGUGCGUAAAAUAUUGUUUUUGCCACGAGAAAAUAAAAUUCAUAUCUUCAAGCCGCCGUGUAAUGUUCUUUUUAUUAUAUAGACAAAAAGACAUCGAUAAAAUAAUAGAUUUUUAUUCGCCAAAAAGUAAUUGUGACGGCCCAAAUUUACAGUACAGCAAUAUAAGACAUUGUUUACAAUAAUCUUGAGAAAUAACACUGAGCUGAAUAGGGCUGUACUGACAAAAUAUAAGUAAAGCUUUGAAAACUGUGUAAUUAAAAUUCAAAGGACGCAAGACGCCUACAAAUUUUGGACGGAAAUUACCGAAAUUACGCCAUCGAUAAACUCACGUGAGAGACUAUGGAAAAUACACCAUUCGAGUCCCGGAUGUAGUUUUUAUGAAUUUUACGAGUGGUAUAUUUAACAAUUAUUCCACGAGGGCGCGUUGGAUAUGACACGAUAGAUAGCCAACGAGGCACGUAGCGCCGAGUUGGCUAUAAUCAUCUCAUAUCCAACAAGCGCGAGUGGAAUAAUUGUUUUAUUAAAAACGCCCACAAAAUCCCGUUGAAUCUCCCCGGCUAGAACAAACCGGAAAAGACAAGGGAGUUCCGCUAUUCACAUGUCACACGUCUAUCAAAACUGUCAACGCGCGAACGGACUCUCCUGGACUGCAUGAAUGAAAAAAUCAAAACAUUGUAGCGAUGAACAUUAGUUUUUAAAAACUCAUCGGGAUUCUAGGAUUUUACACAGCAGGACAGCUAAAAAAACCUGGCAGAUAAUGUAAAGGAAAAGAAUUUUUAAGUGACAGCCGUCGAAAUCACUGUGAAUUUGGAUUUUCGGUGCAGUUAUAAAAGUAAGAACGAGGGAGAAAAACUAUUGCCUCGGUCCCUUGUUAUGAAGUUGUUUGAAGCCACAAGCUGGUUUUGCUGAACAAGAAAAGAAGCUAUACUGCCGCCUCGAUUGCUCUAGUGAAUGGCUGCAUAGCCUGUAUUUGUAGCUGGUUACUUGUGAUUUAUAUUCUUGAUGUCGGAUAAACAAGCCGCAGUUAUCUAUAUUGGCGAGUGACUCGAUCGGCGAAUGGCUUCGCGAUCAUGAAGAAACAACACUUGUCUUCUUUCGUAACUGGUCAAGGUACUUUAGUUCCAUGUGUUUUCAUGUGUUUUUCGACAAACUUUCAAACAAGCUCUUGUGGCUUUUUUGUUCGUUUUUGUCUUUUUUCUUUCGUUGAAAUUGCAUUUCUAGUAUUCUAAGAAAUGAAUUAAAACAAUUUGCUUCGGGCGCCGUUCUAUACUUCGCGAAAAAAAAUCUCAGCUAGCUUCCAAUUUUAAACUGACGCGUACACCGACCAUAUAUUGAAAGCAUGGUAUAAAAACUGUUAUUUGUUCCAGCCUGGAUAGCUUUGACGUAAGAGGCAUAGAUGUUGGGAGCAUGCUAUUUGUGAGUCUGAAACAAGACAACGCUGGAUCUCAUUGGCCUUGGAGACUGGAUUGGGUGAGAAUAAUAAGCGCUUACCAUUUGCUGGAUGUACAGGGGGCACUCAUCAAAGUUUUAUAGGGGAGGCUCCGGCCUGGUCCGACACUGCAUCCAUCUUGUCUACAGUUAUUAUGUAUAAUCAUUUUAUUGGGAAUAAACCACUCGCGUGAAAACUCACUAAUGCUACUUAAUAUGAUAUUUCAGGGUAUGAUUUUUUUCAGGCCUCAGUUAUAUCUAUAUAAAAUUCCGCUGAGAGCUUUGCCGGGCUGGCUUCUUGUAGACUACAUAAGAAUUUUACCCAUAGUGUCAAUAAGUAAUUACGUUUAUGAAUAACAUGAAAUCAGUUCUGACGCGAAAAGGAAAACUGAUAUAUAUUUUUUUUCUUUUUAAUGAAUUUAAAUUGUCACAUGUGUCACGAUAUUUUAUUGAAUUGUUGUUAAUAAGGAGUUACAUUACUCGACAUUUUUUUUUUACUUCAUUCCAGGUUGAAGUGAAGAAGAUGAAUGCAGACGGCACAGUUGAUCAAGAAAAAAAAUUCUAUUACGAAAAAUAUCUACCUAAAUAUGAGUGGGUGGACAUGUCUCGCACCUCACGAAUUAAAUAUACCUGGUAAAAUUCGAAUUUUAUGGUGUUGAUAUAGUUUUAAAAGGAAUUCAGCUUAGCAUCAGUCGUGGAGAUUUACGAAAAUGGCUGACGGUAUAACAAUCAUAUAUGCUUAAAUCAGUAUUUACGAAUCUUGUCUACUUAACCCUAACUACGAAGCGCAUUGCCAGGGCUGAGCUCUGUUUGCUGGAAGCGGCAUAAAAGGUGUAACAAUAUUUUUGCCCUAUUUUGGCCACAAUUGUGGCCGUUUAUUUGAUAACAAUUAAUCCAAAUUACAUGAAAUCUAGAGAUAUUGAUUUAUAAUCAGUAAAGGUGAGGGCAAACCCGCCACCUGAACCAAGUGAGCCCCCUUGUUAUAUGUCUCAUAGCCACCCCUUAGGGAGGGGAGGGUGGGGAAAACCUUUUCCUGUUGAAGCUGAAGAAAAAGAGGCCCACAAACAGGCCUGCACUGAGUUAAAUAUUCACUAAUCAAGGUCAAGUAACAUAUUAACUCCCUUAGCUACAUGUAGCUGCAUAAAAUCAUUUAUUCUCCUCUGGAAUAAAUUUCCUUUCUGACUUCUUCCCAUUCAUUAAAUUAUAUCAGACUUACAAGGGCGCGGACUCUUAUCGUACCUACAAUGUUAAAAUACCUCCGUUUUUUGCUAUCAUUUAUUGUGAAAUGACACCACCUUUAUUGUGAGUUAAAUGCGUUUUGUUUGACACUUUGAUAACCUAAAUAUUAUCAACUGCGCAAAGACAUACCCUGGGUGCCGCACGCGAGCAAAACCUCUCGUACCCAGGGUCGCAAAGACAUUCAUUCCAUCAUUUUUCGUAUUUAUACAGGACUGAUGCAACGCAGCAAGAUGACGAGUCUGGGAGUGGAGAGUAA